AUGUCGCAGCCGCCGAGCUCACAGCCGCCGAGCUCACCGCCUCGCACACUGGCCAUUUCGUUGGCCGUGUCCCUGUUAUUCGUCUCCUCCGCCAUCCUCUUGGUCACAGCAACGACAGCGUUCAUGUUGCGCUACUAUCGCCAGAGAAGGGACCGUCCUGGUUCCGAAUCUGGGCACAGGGUGCCCGGCGCCACGCCCACCGGCGGCACCGAUGCGGCGGCAGGCAUCCGUUCCCUCCCUGGAGUAGAGAUGACCCUGCCGGCCUUCUCUUACGCUCCCCAUGACGUCGAGCAUGGUGGCAGCGUACUCGAGUGCGCGGUGUGCCUCGGCGCGGUGAAGGAAGGGGAGAUGGUGCGGCAGCUGCCGGCCUGCAUGCAUGUGUACCACGUUGGGUGCAUCGACCGUUGGCUCGCCGUCCACCAGACGUGCCCGGUGUGCCGGUCGAUCGCAGCUUGA